AGGAACCGAGCCCCGGAGGAGGUGACACACUUAGUUCUUGAUAAUUGCCUGUGUGUCAAUGGGGAAAUUGAAGGCCUGAAUGACACUUUUAAAGAACUAGAGUUUCUGAGUAUGGCUAAUGUGGAAUUAGAUUCACUGGCCCAACUUCCCAGCUUAAACAAACUUCGAAAGUUGGAACUUAGUGACACUAUAAUUUCUGGAGGCUUGGAAGUCCUGGCAGAAAAAUGUCCAAAUCUUACCUACCUCAAUCUGAGUAGAAACAAAAUCAAAGAUCUUUUUAGUACAGUAGAAGCUCUGCAAAAUCUUAAAAAUUUGAAAAGUCUUGACUUGUUUAACGGUGAGAUCACAAAUCUGGAAGAUUACAGAGAAAGUAUUUUUGAAUUGCUGCAACAAAUCACAUACUUAGAUGGAUUUGAUCAGGAGGAGAAUGAAGCACCUAACUCCGAAGAGGAGGAGGAUAAGGAUGGAGAUGAAGAUGAUGGAGAUGAAGAGGAAGAUGAAGCUGGUCCACCUGAAGGAUACGAGGAAGAGGAGAAGGAUGAUGAGGAGGAGGAUAAAGAUGAAGCAGGGUCAGAAAUGGGAGAGGGAGAAGAAGAAGUGGGCCUUUCUUACUUGAUGAAAGAAAAAAUUCAGGAUGAAGAAGGGGAAGAAGAUGAGGAAGAGGAAGAAGAAGGUCUCCAGGGGGAGAAGAGGAAACAAGAUGCUAAAGAUGAUGGAGAGGAAGAAGAUGACUAGAUCAUUCUAAGAUCAGAUUCCCCAGCAUUCCUGGGUGUGCAAUAGUGAUCACAUCUUUGUUUUUUCAUGUACGAUAGCUAUCACUACAGAAGAUAAUGUGUAACUUUUUAUAGAAAAGUGUGGUUUUACUAUUUUUGCCUUCUCAUUCCAGUUAAGAUUUACUAGUCUGUUAAUGAUCAUAUUGUAUGUAGAGAAAAAAUUUCAUUGACACUCCCCCCAUUAAGACAUUCUCUAGCAAUUAUAUUUAGAAGCUUAUUUUUUCUAAUUCAAACUC